AUGCGUUGUUCAACUUUAUAUUUGGUCAUAUUUUCAUUAAUAGUUAUGCUAUUAUUGACUGUAACGAAUGGGAAAAGUACAGAAUCAUUUGAAACAAAUAGCACAGAGGCAAAAACAUUUUUGUCUGAUGUUGAUGGGGAAAUAAAUAGAUUUAAACGUGGUGAUGAUCAAAAAGAUUCAAAACAAUGUGUUUUAUGUGCAGCUAAAAUUGCUGACUGUUGUCAUCCAAAUUAUUGUAAGAAGCAUCACGUUCGUUUUAAUGAAUGUGUUGAAGUUAAAGGACCUAAGUGA